AUGGAUGUCGUGCAGGGGAAUUCACCAUUCUGUCAGCUCAACUCUCCUCAUGAAGCCGCUAAUGAUAAUCUUCAGCUAUCAACUUGUGCCUAUCAGAGGGGAAGUGUAGAUACUGAAAAUGCAAGCAAUAACCAGCCUUUCACUGCAAAACAACAUACGGUGGAGGCAGCCACGGGCCAUGCAGCCGCACCCGACAACCAUAAGGUGCUAGAGCUCAAUGAUGAUAGCAGCCGAGGCAACGUCCUGCCAGUUCGAUGUCCGGGCAAAAGAAAAGAUCGAACCGAGCUGCGAUGUGAUGACAGCGAUAACCCCGGGAUUUUAAUGACAGGGAUACACGGAAGAGAGCGACAGAGAUCUUUGUGGUGGAUUUUUUCAACCAACAAAAAGCCAAGACGGACUACUGCAACGAGACUCCCAUUUGCACACACGCAGUGCAAGGCUGCCUGUCGCUCCCCUACAGAGGCGACACCGGCCGGCAUAUCCGCGGAUCACGUUUUCUCCUCGACAAGUCUCUAUGACAUCGAAACCAUACCUAUGCGAGGUUUUCUCACGCGGCGGAUAUUCUUAAAGAGGGUAUACUCAUUCACCUUUGAAGAGCAACGGGAGAAUUCCUGUUCCCAUAGAUCACGCGAAGUUCCAGAGACCAGAUGUGCGAACCGACAUUCUAAGAGUCUCUCUUCCAAGAAGUGUCGGGCAGUGAACACAAGCAAGGGAACUCGAUUCCUCCCCGAGGACGAUAAGCUCCUAAUUGAGCUGGAGGAGUGGAAUCUACCCUGGAGUCGGAUAUUAGAGUAUUUUCCACGGAGGUCGAAAAGCUCUCUCCAAGUCCGCUAUGUACAGUAUGAAGCUCAAGAACCGAGGAAUCAAAAGCUGUACCAAACACGAUGCCUCACUCCCCAGCGUUCGACUUGGUCUAGGGUUCGCGGAGGCCAGUCCGGCACGCCUCGCGAUACGGUCCACCCAGAACCAGACGCGUGGUUGACCCCUUUUGUCCUGCUUAAUCUACCUCCCAUCGUCAUCGUGCCAACGUCACCAACCUCUCACCCUCCGCUAGAUUUCACAUGUGCGGAUUUUGGGUGGUUUUAA